GUCUUAGAGACUCAAAGUGCGCAGGUAGAUGCAUCCAGCUGCAUCAGUACAUCUGCAAUGCCUCCCACACAGUAAUACGAGGGCAGCUCAGAGGACAACCAGCUCACUCCGGCGACCAAGACGGCUCUCAAACGGGGUGAUGCGUGCAUGUCAUGUCGCAAGAGGAGGAUCAGGUGCGGUGCCGAAAAGCCGACAUGUGCCUCUUGCGCAAGGCUGAACAAGGAAUGUGUCUAUGACUCUGGCCAGACCACGAGCAGCAUCCAGAGACUCAAAGCUGAACUAGAGGCCGAGCUGCAGCAGGAGCGUGAGGCCAAGGAGCGGCUGUUGCUGUUGCUACAGCAGCCCACUGCAUGCAAUACCGGCCCUCCCACUUCCACUACGAGAAACGAUGGGCCAUCAUCCUCCUCACAGCUAAUCUCGAGGAAUCCUCGCCCCCUACAAGCACCAGAUCCAAGUUUCAGCUUCGACUUCGACCUGCUGGAUUCGGCCAUGAUGGACUUUUCUUCAUCACUGCAAUCAGCAGGUGUUGCACCCAUGUUCCUACAAGAGGAACAAAACAUGUUAAUGAUAAGCGACCUUGUAGAUCCGGACAAUGUACCGCCGGCUGUCCGAGAUCAAUUACUCGACCUGUUCUUCAGCAGGACCGGCGCCUUCAGGGUUGUAUUUCACGUCCCUCGAUUCUACACCCGCCUCACACUUCCACCUGCUUCACGGCCCCACCCACCGCUCCUCUACACAAUGUACCUCCUCGCCUGUCGUCGUUCAACCAAUCCGGCUCUCCGCCGACUGGAAGCGUCGUUCUUUGCAAUUGCCGAGAGACAGAUUCAGACCGGCAUCACCAAAUGUGACAGACUACUUGAUGUCAUCCGAGCGACCGCUCUCAUGACGAAUUACCUCGUCUCUGUUCAUAGGUACAACGAGGGGUAUCAUAUGGCUGGUGCGGCGAUCAGGACGGUGACAGUAUGCGGCCUGCAUAGGAUAGGAUCUUCGACGUGGAAGCCAGUCGUCCCAAUCGGCAACUCCAUUGCGUUAUUUGUGCUCAGAAUAGGUGGUUAUGCGCUUCCUCCUGCAGAGGAUGCGAUUGAAUUGGCUGAGAGGAUACAUGCUUUUUGGGCAGUCUACGAAAUCGACCAGCUUACCUCCAUUGCCUACCUGUGGGAUCUCGGUCUCGAUGUUGACAACAUUACCACUCCUCUUCCUCGUCCUUUCGACCAUUAUGUUUUGGGUCUCUUAAACGAGUCUGAUGAUAUCGAUAUCUCGAUUACGACCGCCCUCGACCCAUCAUAUCAGCCACCACCUGGUGCCAGUCCCGAUUCGUUCCAUAUCAUGCGCCUCAAAGCCCUCACCAUGGUCUCCCGUUCAGUCAGCCUUCGCGCCCUCAGACCUGAGUCCCCACCUGAGACUUCUUUGUCGAUCUACCAAAAUACAUUCAGCCCAACCACAGCCAGUACUACGUCUCCGGAGACCGCUAGGGGAAGGUUCGCAGUGUCCUCCCAAUUAAGUCUAAUCAGUAAUCCUGCAGCGUUUGUAAGCCAUAAAAAGGUGCUGGAUCUCAUAUGUGAACGGCUGCCGGAAGGGUAUAAAUGUCCAUGGGGUCGAUGGGAUGAAGGGAGCGAUGUGAGCAUGCCACGACUAAACUUGAAGAGGGAUGCCAUGGUACUGCACUUCUUAUUCGCGAGUGCAUACCUGCAAACGUGGAACAACAAAUCGCUGAUGCUGAGAAUGACCAAGCCGUGCUGGUUGCUCGACGAACUGUCAAUAUUGUCUGCGCAUACGGCAAUUACAUGGUAAGUCUGUCAAUUUACCUGGUUCUGUGCUGAUAUGUCCACAGAUGUCGAGCGGUUAUGAUUUGUUCAUCAUAUCUAUGUGACAACACUCCUCUGGUCAUUCUUGGUCUCCCAUGCUGACACACCUUAUACAGCUGGAAUGAGGCUACGAUGAUACUAUUGCGAGAAUCAAAGCGGCUUCAGUUGUUGGGCGAUUUCAGCGCUGCGUCCGUCAUCGAGGCUGAUCUUGACAUUGUCACUACUGCGCUGAAGGACUGGGCUGCCACAUCAUUUACGGCUUCUGACAAUAACACCGUUGAUCAAAUAUCCAUUAAUGAUCCAGUCAAAAACGAUAUCGACAAGGGACCAGAUGUAGCAGCAUUGAAUGGUCAAACGCUGGAUAAGCUAAGGGGGCUGGGUUUGGACGAGUGGCUCAUCGCCUUUGAAGAGUCUGAGAGACGACACCAUAUGUAGGGCUCAAACGCAUCGCCCAGUCUUACUCCCAUUCAUACUGCUUGACGUGGCUAUGCAUGUUGCCCACGAAAAGAAGAUGUGGCGUUCAAGUCCUCUACCGUUUGACAUUAUGUGUAGGUGGUGGCGCCUUCAAGAAAAGCGGGGAUGUACUGGAUUCUUCCUUUGGGGACGGUGUCUCUAUACUUGUGGGGGCAAUAUUGACAUGCCAGA